AUGCCCGUGUUCAAAAGUCUAGCCGAAUUCCUGGUCAACCUCUCGCCGCUACGCUCCCAACAGUCCGAAGAUCGACCUUCUGCUGUUCAACCUGCACAACCUCCGCGUUCAACCCCUCCCCUCCGAUCACGCAGAUCUAGUCGCAACCACUUGAACCUGGGAUCGGACACUGUCGCAAACUACCCACUCGAACCCAUCAGCCCCCAGCGAGCUGAUCCCACUACUCAUCCCAAGGUAUGCAUCUGCCCGUAUCUCCCGCGUCACGCUCAUGGUAGCUUUGGCUGUUCUAUACGUCCUUCCACGCGCGAACUGGCACUUUAUGUCGAUACAUUUCCAUCGCCAACUGGACCCACGACUGCAGGUUCACGACUGCACCCGCGUUUCCCGAACCCUAUUUUAGGACCAUUCGCCCAGUCAGGCAUUCCCCCUCGGCCUUUUCAUACCCGUGGACACGCACUGAUGUACCCCUCCACUUCCAGGCUGGGCGAUUCGUCGCAGAUGUUGGACAAGGACCAGCGAAACGGCUCUCGGGAUCGCCGAGAUGAAGCUCGUUUGUUAGGAGCUAGAUAUCAUGACUCCCAGGCUGUCAAGAUAAAGCCUGGGGCGACGUUCCAAUCCAGAAACAAGAAGCCUGGGGUGAGCCUGAGCCUUUAUAUUCAUGACUGUGGUCUUCUUUCUAAUACUCAGCCUCAGUCUUCCUUCGCUUUUUCCCCGAGAGACAAGCUCUCGCAAAACUCCCGAAGUAGUGGUCCGGUCCGUGCCCACGGAGAACCAAAAAUAUCACCUACAUCGAUAAGGCGGAACCCUCUUGAGUUAGAGGACUCUUUUGAAGAGUCUAGCCGGCCUAGCAAGAGACGGCGCCAGAGUGAGACCAGUGAGACCAUUGAUCUUACUGCCCCGACAGAUCCAGCCCUGGGCCGUGUUCAUCAGAAGGGAUCCCGUCGUACCCACCAUCCCGAGCCCAAGGAAGUGGUAAAUGACGUACACAUCGCGCGAUAUCCGCUUUCUCAACACGACCUAUUUUUCUCCGGCGAUCUCCGCGACGAAAGGUUCACCGAGAACGCAGCGCAACAGCGGCGCAGAAUGGCCAAAGCCGCGGAUAGUCGGCUGUCUCAUGCCAAUAGCAAGCCAACUCAACGUGCCGAACCCCCAGGCAAUAUUGAGAUCGGAGUAAAGAAGUCUGUUAAGAAGCCCAUUGCAGCUCCUUCAGACACAAUUCGCCGUCCUACCGCUGGGAGAGAAAGCCCCGAUGAACUCCAAGGCGACACCACUACUCACCCAGUACCAAAAUCCUUGGCUGGAAAGGGCCCCCGAACCACCCGCCAAAGCAUACCUGAAGUUCAUAUUGAGGUAUCCACUCGCAAACGAUCACCAAGCGAUAUUCGACCCACAGACUUCUCUUCGCCAUCUCAAGGGACCAAGAAAGCCAAGACCUCUCACAGGAGCUUCGAGAAGAGGUUCUCCUUGUAUUCUUUCCAAAUUGGUUCACUCCACAAGACUUGUGUGAUUAAAGAGACAGUUCCCAUCUAUUCCAACAACGAUGGUCUUGAACUUCGUGGGGAUGUGCUUGACCAUAACGAUCAGUUAUCGAUACCUUUUGAGAAGUUCAGCAAGGUUAUUAUGGGACAGUCACCAAGUCGGAAAGUUAGGAUUGAACUGGUACCAGGCUCUGUCGAAGCGGGCGAUCAACUCGAUCUUGAGUUUUGGAGGUCCGAGGAAAAGCGGAAGUUUGGGAAAAUGUUGAGCGAAGAAGCCAACCCUGAAAUCAUCAGCAAAGACAGGAAAUGGAUGGAUAGGGCCUUCGUGAAAUACGCAACUCAGUUCUGCCGGGUGACAACGAUGCCCAAGAAACGGCACCUUGAUGAAGACGCGGAGGACCCCGGUUUACAGGAUUCUCCCCCGGCACGACGGCCUAAACUCUCCGACUCGCUAAGAGACGACCAUGGUGGACUCGGAAAUGGCUCCCUUCAGACCAAGCGCAUUGCCAAAGACAAGGGAAAGCUUGUGGGUGGCGACGUCACAUCUCGAAAGCCUGCCAAGGAGCGAGUAAAUGGCCCAAUCCGUAAUGAAACAGACACUGUGCCCGAUAUUCCGGUCAAGCCCUUGGGGUAUUCCAGCAUGCUGUCUGACCGUGAGACCCGGUCUUCUACCCGUCGUGUCACAAAGCAAGCCGACAGUUCCAAUAAAGAUUCCGGACCGGAAGAAAGGCCACUCUUUGGUGAUGAUUCUUUCAGGGAAAUCUGGAAGAAGCCCUUGGUAUAUCCUCGGACUGGCAAGAAGAAGGCCGAGGUCAACCUUGAGGAUCGUGAUCGGUUACGUACAGAUGAUUUCUUGAAUGAUAACCUCAUUGCGUUCUACAUGCGAUUCCUCCAGGAUCAUCUUGAACGCACCAACCCGGAGGCCGCGAAACGUGUCUACUUUUUCAACUCUUACUUCUUCGCAACCCUUACAAACACCCCCAAGGGUGAUCGCGGUAUCAACUACACCGGUGUUGAGAAGUGGACUCGCAAUGUUGAUCUCUUCAGCUACGACUACAUCGUUGUUCCAAUCAAUGAGAAUGCCCAUUGGUAUGUUGCCAUCAUUUGCAACUUGCCGACUUUGUCUCUUGACUCUGCCGAUCGCAAGGAGCACGUUCAACCACCCACUCCGCAGAAAAGCACAUCCAAUUUAUCUGAAAACGUAUCAGAAAAUGAAGUCCAUCAAAUCCAGGAGACCCCUGAGCCCGAAUCAGAGUCUGCAAGUUCAUCUGACACAAAGCCGCAAAAGAGCGCCGAUCAAGCUAGCAAGGAGGCUGAGAGCGAGAACAUUGCUUCCGGGUCGACCACGGAGACUGGACAUGCGGCCAAAGAUACGAAACCCUCCAAAGAGCAGUCUCCCCCUGUCCAGACAUCAGAAGAGAGCGAAUACCCAUUCCUCCCAACCAACAUCCCCAAAGCUGCAGCUCAGAAGCUCGUCCAAGAAGGGGCAGCUGAGCUACAGAAGCACACAUACUUCAAGAAAAGGGCAGGACUGAGGUUGGAUCCCAACCAAACCACGAUUGUCACAUUUGACUCCCUCGACGCACCCCGAUCCCCCACCAUCAAGUUGCUGCGCGACUACAUCUGCCGCGAAGCAGCGUCUAAACGCGGUGUGGAACUCGACCCAUCCGAAAUCAAGGGCAUGCGAGCUCGCGACAUCCCCCUCCAACCGAACUAUUGUGACUGCGGGCUCUAUCUGCUGACUUACGUGGAGAGGUUCGUCCAAAGCCCCGAUUACUUCAUCGCGAAGGUGCUACAGCGGACCAUGAAUGCCACUGACGACUGGCCUCCACUUGGCUCUGGUCUACUGCGUUCCCGCUUCGGCAAGUUCCUCGAUCAGCUUUACGAGGAACAGGAGCAGGCGGACGGUCCGGCUUUGGUAAAUAAGCAGCCUAUCUCAUUCCUGCUUGGUCCCCCGCUCCCUUCCCAGAAGAAGCCUGCCGACACGGAUGUGGUGCCUGAGUCUGAGCCUGAGCCGGAUGCUUCGAAGAAGCCUACGAAGAAGGCUAAGUCAAGUAGCAGACGCACCUCACCCGUCAGGAAAUGA